AUGGCCGGAAGAAACGCUGGGAGGAAUGAUGAGGCUCUUGCUGCAGCUAUGCAAGCAAUGGCUCAGGCGUUCCAGAACCCACCCAAUGCUGACGAGAACGUGGGGUCUCGUAGUCUGGCGACGUUUCAGAGGGGGAACCCGCCUACUUUUCUGGGUAGGUAUGAUCCUGAAGGAGCCUUGGCUUGGUUGAAGGAGAUUGAAAGAAUCCUCAGAGUGAUGGAUUUCACUCUUGUGCAAAAGAUCUGUUAUGGAACUCAUAAGCUGUCAGGUGAAGCCGAUGAUUGGUGGGUGGACACUCGUCUAAGGUUGGAAACUGCGGGCGAGGAGAUUACUUGGGAAGGGUUUCGUAGAGAAUUUCUGAGGAAGUAUUAUCCAGAAGAUGUGCGAGGAAAGAAAGAGAUUGAAUUCCUCGAGUUGAAGCAAGGGAACUUGUCAGUCACGGAGUAUGCUGCUAAGUUCACUGAAUUGGCUAAGUUUUAUCCUCACUAUGAUGGAGCAAUGCCGAAUUCUCUAAGUGCAUCAAGUUUGAAAAUGGAUUGCGUCCGAAAAUUAAGAAAGUUGUGGGAUAUCAAAAGAUUCGCGUCUUUGUGGAUCUGA